AUAUAAUAGUAAAUAAAUGUAAUGUAGUCUCUCUCCAUUUCUCUCUCUGAAUUUGUCAUUUUCCUUCUCAGAACGAGAAUGGCGAAAGAGCUUCUUCUACAACUUCAUCUACUUCUUCUUCUCCCAGAACAACGGUGUCGUUUUUCAACUCCUUCACCAUUCUUCAACUUCUCAUUCUCCACUCUCUAACUCUUCUUCUUUCCAUCUACAUUUCAAAUCCUUCCGAUCCAUUCAUCUUCUUCAACUUCUUCCUCUUUCUUGCUUCCACCGACUCACACAACUUAGAGAGGGGAAUUUUUUUUUACUAAAUUGAUGACAUGGAGCAGUAUGAAGUACUUGAGCAAAUUGGAAAAGGUGCUUUUGGUUCAGCUCUUCUUGUGAGACAUAAACAUGAGAAGAAAAAAUAUGUGUUGAAGAAGAUUAGACUUGCCCGCCAAACAGAGCGGUCUCGUAGAUCUGCACACCAGGAGAUGGAGCUUAUCUCUAAAUUACGAAACCCAUUCAUUGUGGAGUAUAAAGAUUCAUGGGUAGAAAAGGGUUGCUAUGUCUGCAUAAUUAUAGGUUACUGUGAGGGUGGAGAUAUGGCGGAAGCUAUAAAGAAGACUAAUGGUGUUCUGUUUCCCGAGGAGAAACUUUGCAAGUGGCUUGUUCAACUUCUUAUGGCACUUGACUACUUGCACAUGAAUCAUAUUCUUCAUCGCGAUGUCAAGUGUUCAAAUAUCUUCUUGACGAAAGAUCGUGACAUACGACUGGGUGAUUUUGGACUUGCCAAAAUGUUGACUUCUGAUGAUCUUACUUCCUCUGUUGUCGGAACUCCUAGCUACAUGUGCCCUGAGCUCCUUGCUGAUAUACCUUAUGGUUCUAAAUCAGAUAUUUGGUCCUUGGGAUGUUGUAUAUACGAAAUGGCAGGACAUAAGCCUGCAUUCAAAGCAUUUGAUAUACAAGCAUUGAUUAUCAAGAUUAGCAAGUCCAUAGUGGCUCCACUACCAACAAAAUAUUCUAGUUCAUUUCGAAGUCUGGUUAAAAGCAUGCUGCGGAAAAAUCCAGAGCUGAGACCCAGUGCUUCUGAGCUUCUUGGGCACCCACAUCUUCAACCUUAUGUUCUAAAGAUCCAUCUCAAACUCAAUAGCCCCAGGCGAAAUACAUUGCCUGCUCAUUGGCAAGAGUCAAAGUACACGAAGAAAACUAGAUUUUUAGUUCCAGAAGACACUGUUAGGGAUAAGCGCUAUUCUUACAGUAACGACCGCACUCUAAAUCCUAGCGUAUCUGGAGCUGAUCAAGAUUCUGUAUGCUCUACCCUAGAAAUAGGUUGUACUCCUGAUCACUUGAAUCAAAGGUUAGCAGAAUUAUGUACAGGUGAUAGCCGUGACAUGAAGUUGGUCCAUAAACCUGUUGUUUCCAGAACUUCUAGUAUUGCUAAGGCUCCAAAGUUCACUUCAUCAAAAGUUUCUGGCACCAACAGAAAAUCAAUGGAAUCCUCAAACAAUCGAAAGGUAGUAAAGCAAACUCUUCCUGUUUCACACAGCAUCACAAAAUCUGCUCAUACAAAUCGCAGAGCAUCGUUUCCUUUGCCAACAAGGGGUGGUAUUCGGGAGCCUCCUUCCAGGAAGAGUGUUGGUUUGCUUAGCCAUGUGUCUUCACCGGAUAUCUCAGUUAACUCUCCCCGUAUUGAUAGGAUAGCUGAAUUCCCAUUAUCAUCAUAUGACGAUUGUUUGUUCCCUGUCAAUAAGAUGUCAACCUCUGCACAAGGUUCCUCAGGUUUCCCAUCUCAUUCAACUGUGAUAGACAAAUGCACAAUAGAGGUAUGUGAUAGAGCCUCUGUUAAGCCUAGUUCUACGGAUGAUUGGCAGGGAAUCAAGCGCAGCAUGUUAAAGGAGAUUCAUGAGGAUAAAAGUGGUUCCUCUGAUCAAAAUGCAACGGCAGGUGCAUCAAGCUACACAUCUUCGGACUUGCAGCGCCGACAGUUUGACACUUCAUCUUUCCAACAAAGGGCUGAAGCCUUAGAAGGGUUGCUUGAAUUUAGUGCAAGAUUGCUCCAGCAAGCAAGGUAUGAUGAACUCGGAGUUUUGUUGAAACCAUUUGGUCCCGAGAAGGUUUCUCCAAGAGAAACUGCUAUCUGGUUGAGCAAGAGCUUCAAAGGGAACACUAACAACACAGAAGAAUCCCCGUAACUUGCUAUAGGUAUGCACUGUAGUCAUUUAUUGAGUUCUGGUGUUUCUUCAAUCACACGGGAGCAUUUAGCCAGCUGAUUUUUGUAGGCUGUCAUUUUUUUCAUUACCCUUUUCUUCCACCUUACCGAGUAAUUAUGACUAAAGUUCGUUAACUAAUGUAUGAAGCAGACCAUAAAUAUUUUCAUGGUAACAAUACCUGUCUGACUCUUUUGUAUAAUUGUUGUAAUAGAUGUUUUAUUUUAUGUCCAAAUAAUUCCUAUUCAGAAAAGGGAGCAGGUUGGAAUCUUAA